AUGGCGCUGAGGACAAGGUUCCUGUCGCUGAGGACUAGGUUGCAGAGGCUGAGCACAAGGUUCCUGGCGCUGAGGACAAGGUUUCUGGCGCUGAGGACGGUUCCUCGCGCUGAGGACAAGGCUCCAGAGGCUGAGGACAAGGUUCUUGGCGCUGAGGAAAAGGUUCUUGGCGCUGAGGACAAGGUUCCUGGCGCUGAGGACAAGGUUCAUGGCGCUGAGGACAAGAUUCCUGUCGCUGAGGACUAGGUUCCGGACGCUGAGGUCUAGGUUCCGGAUGCUGAGGACAAGGGUACUGCCGCUGAGGACAAGGUUCCUGGCGCUGAGUACAAGGUUCCUGGCGCUGAGGACAAGGCUCUUCGAGCUGAAGACAAGAUUCCUGCAGCUGAGAACAAGGUUCCAGUCGCUGAGAACAAGGUUCUUGUCGCUGAGGACUAGGUUCCUGGCGCUGAGGACAAGGUUCCUGUCGCAGAAGACUAGGCUCCUGCCGCUGAGUACAAGGUUCCUGUCGCUGAGGACAAGGUUCCUGUCGCCGAGGACAAGGUUCCUGGCGCUGAGGACAAGGUUACUGGUGCUGAGGACAAGAUUCCUGCCGCUGAGGACAAGGUUCCUGCCGCUGAGGACAAGGUUCCUGUCACUGAGGACAAGGCCCCUGUAGCUGAGGACAAGGCUCCUGGCGCUGAAGAAAAGGUUCCUGCCGCUGAGGACAAGGUUCCUGGCGCUGAGGACAAGGUUCCUGUCGCAGAAGACUAGGCUCCUGCCGCUGAGUACAAGGUUCCUGUCGCUGAGGACAAGGUUCCUGUCGCCGAGGACAAGGUUCCUGGCUGGUGCUGAGGACAAGAUUCCUGCCGCUGAGGACAAGGUUCCUGCCGCUGAGGACAAGGUUCCUGUCACUGAGGACAAGGCCCCUGUAGCUGAGGACAAGGCUCCUGGCGCUGAAGAAAAGGUUCCUGCCGCUGAGGACAAGGUUCCUGGCGCUGAGGACAAGGUUAUUGGUGCUGAGGACAAGAUCCCUGUCACUGAGGACAAGGCUCCUGUCGCUGAGGUCCAAGUUCCUGCCGCUGAGUACGAGGUUCCUGCCGCUGAGGAUAAGGUUCCUGCCGCUGAGGACAAGGUUGCAGAGGCUGAGCACAAGGUUCCUGGCGCUGAGGACAAGGUUUCUGGCGCUGAGGACAAGGUUCCUGGCGCUGAGGACAAGGCUUCAGACGCUGAGCACAAGGUUCCUGGCGCUGAGGACAAGGUUUCUGGCGCUGAGGACAUGGUUCUUGGCGCUGAGGACAAGGCUCCUGGCGCUGAGUACAACGUUCCUGGCGCUGAGGACAAGGUUCCUGGCGCUGAGGACAGGGUUCCUGGCGCUGAGGACAAGGUUCCCGGCGCUGAGGACAGGGUUCCUGGCGAUGAGGACGAGGUUCCCGGCACUGAGAACAAGGUUCCAGUCGCUGAGGACAAGGUUCCUGGCGCUGAGGAGAAGGCUUCUGGCGCUGAGAACACGGUCCUGGCGCUGAGUACAAGGUUCCUGGCGCUGAGGACAAGGCUCAUCGAGCUGAGGACAAGAUUCCUGGAGCUGAGAACAAGGUUCCAGUCGCUGAGAACAAGGUUCUUGUCGCUGAGGACUAGGUUCCUGGCGCUGAGGACAAGGUUCCUGUCGCAGAGGACUAAGCUUCUGCCGCUGAGUACAAGGUUCCUGUCGCUGAGGACAAGGUUCCUGUCGCCGAGGACAAGGUUCCUGGCGCUGAGGACAAGGUUACUGGUGCCGAGGACAAGAUUCCUGCCGCUGAGGACAAGGUUCCUGCAGCUGAGGACAAGGUUCCUGUCACUGAGGACAAAGCUCCUCUAGCUGAGGACAAGGCUCCUGGCGCUGAAGAAAAGGUUCCUGCCGCUGAGGACAAGGUUCCUGGCGCUGAAGAAAAAGGUCCUGGCGCUGAGGACAAGGUUCCUGGGGCUGAGGACAAGGAUCCUGCUGCAGAGGACAAGGUUCCUGGCCCUGAGGAAAAGGAUCCUGGCGCUGAGGAAAAGAAUCCUGGCGCUGAGGAAAAGGGUUCUGACGCUGAGGACAAGGUUCCAGUCGCUGAGAACAAGGUUGCUGGCGCUGAGGACAAGGUUCCUGGCGCUAAGGAAAAGGUUCCUGCCGCUGAGGACAAGGUUCCUGUCACUGAGGACAACGCUCUUCAAGCCGAGGACAAGGCUCCUGGCGCGGAAGAGAAGGCUCCUGGCGCUGACAAAAAGGCUUUUGGCACUGAGAACCAGGUUCCUGCCGCUGAGGACAACGUUCCUGGCGCCGAAGUCAAGGAUCCAGGCGCUGAGGACAAGGUUAAUGGCGUUGAGGAGAAGGCUCCUGGCGCUGAGGACAAGGUUCCUGGAGCUGAGGACAAGGUUUCUGGAGUUGAGAACAAUGUUCCAGUCGCUGAGGACAAGGUUCCUGGCGCUGAAGUCAAGGCCCCAGGCGCUGAGGAAAGGUGCCUGGCCCUGAAGUCAAGGUUCCUGGCGCUGAGCACAAGGUUCCUGUCGCUGAGGACUAGGUUCCUGGCGCUGAGGACAAGGUUCCUCUCGCUGAGGAAUAGGCUCUAGCCCCUGAGUGCAAGGUUCCUGUCGCUGAGGACAAGGUUCCUGUCCCUGAGGACAAGGUUCCUGGGGCGGUGAAGGCUUCUGGCACUGAAAACAACGUUCCUGCUGCUGAGGACAAGGUUCCUGGCGCCGAGGAAAAGGGUCCUGGCGCUGACGAAAAGGGAUCUGGCGCUGAGGACAAGGCUCCUGGCGCCGAGGAGAAGGUUCCUGGCGCUGAGGACAAGGUUCCAGGCGUGUGAGGACAAGUUUUCUGCCGCUGAGGAUAAGGUUCCUGGCGCUGAGGACAAGGUUCCUGGCUAUGAGGAGAAGGUUUCUAGCGCUCAGGACAAGGUUCCUGGCAAUGAGGACAAGGUUACUGUUGCUGAGGACAAGAUUCCUGCCCCUGAGGACAAGGUUCCUGCCGCUGAGGACAAGGUUCCUGUCACUGAGGACAAGGCUCCUGUAGCUGAGGACAAGGCUCCUGUCGCUGAAGAAAAGGCUCCUGGCGCUGAGGAAAAGGCUUUGGGCACUGAGAACAAGGUUCCUGCCGCUGAGGACUACGUUCCUGGCGCUGAGGAAAAAGUCCUGGCGCUGAGGACAAGGUUCCUGGCGUUGAGGAGUAGGUUCCUGGAGCUGAGGACAAGGUUCCUGGAGCUGAGAACAAGGUUCCGGUCGCUGAAGUCAAGGCUCCAGGCGCUGAGGACAAUGCUGCUGGCGCUGAGGACAAGGUUCCUGGCGCUCAAGUCAAGGUUGUAUGUAUGUAUGUAUGUAUGUAUGUAUGUAUGUAUGUAUGUAUGUAUGUAUGUAUGUAUGUAUGUAUGUAUGUAUGUAUGUAUGUAUGUAUGUAUGUAUGUAUGUAUGUAUGUAUGUAUGUAUGUAUGUAUGUAUGUAUGUAUGUUUGUAUGUAUGUAUGUAUGUAUGUAUGUAUGUAUGUAUGUAUGUAUGUAUGUAUCUAUGUAUCUAUGUAUGUAUGUAAACUUUAUUUAAAGACGUUAGCCUCGUCAACGAUUUGUUGAUUUUCACGAGGGACGUCUGUUACUAUUAAAAAUUACAAAUAUGGUAUAGAAAAGAAUAAAGAAUUAUAUACAACUAUUUACAAUACAAGAAUUAAGUUCCAAACGGUGUGACCCAUAUUCUAAAGCAUGCAUAUACAAUAUAUUAGAAGAUGUUAGCGUGAAUCUUUCAGGCAGUUUUUAAAAGAAUAAAUUGAUUGCGCUAGCUUCGCAUCAGAAGGAAGACUAUUCCACAAUUUAGCUCCGCUAUACUUAAAGCUUUUUUUUAGAAAUUCUCGUUUUGGCUUAGCAAGGGUAAGGUCAGUAUAAGUAUUGCGAAGAUUAUAACUGGUUUGAACAAGGUUCCUUCUCGUUAGAGCAUCCUUCAAGUUCGGCCCAGCGCAAUCAUUCAGGACUUUAUACAUUAAUGUGGAUUUAGUUGUACGUUGUCUUAUCUCUAAAUUUUCCCAAGCAAGGGAUCGAAGAACAUCAGCAGACCUUAUUUCAUAGCUGGCGCCGGUUAUAAUUCUCGCUGCACGGUUUUGGAACUUUUGAAGCUUAUCUUUCAGCGGCUGGUUACAGACGUCCCAUAAUGGACUACAAUAAUCAAAAUAUGGUUCUAUCAAAGCUCUGUAAAUGGUAUGCAGGGUAUUUAUAGGAACAUAUGGCUUAAUUCGUUGCAUUGCUCCUAUGCCGGCCCCAACUUUCUUACAAAUCAUUUCAACAUGCUCAUGCCAAUUAAGGUUUUAAUCAAGUUUAACCCCAAGGCAUGUGUAUGAAUGAGCAAGAGUUAUGAAUUGGUUAUUCAUCAUUACUGGAAUAUCAUAAGUCAUAGUAUCAGUAUUAUACUUUGAACCGAUAUACAUUAAUUUGGUCUUAGUUGGGUGGUGUUGCAGUUUAUUUCGAGCAAGCCACUCACCGACUUUUUUCAGGUCAUUUAGAUUUUCAGUAA